GUAAUAUUUCAAAAUCUGUCACCACACCCCAUAAAAAACGCACUAAUCACAUCAAUUCUGAUUUUUGACCGUUGAGAGCCCUAUAACCAUUUCCAAGCCGCAAAAAUGGUGACUAUGGACAAUAUACCGCCGGAAAACAUCGCCGCCGACGGAGAACAAUCGAAACAGCACACUAUGGAGCAAAAGGGUCUUUCCGACCACAAUAAGUCGGCGUACGAGCUCACGAGAGAAGAAAGGAUAAAGGAAAAUCGAGAGAGAAUGCAGAAGCUAGGGCUUGUCGACCUUUCCCUUAAACUCAAUGCUCUCAAGUCCACUCCAAAGCGAGCUUAUCAGAGAAAAUACCCACUGGACCAGUCUCCUUUGCCUCCUCCUGGCCCCAUCCGGCGCUCGUCCAGGCUUCAGAUGAUUGAUACGGUUAAUGUAACUGGGAAAGCGUGCCGUUUUGUGGGUUUUGGAUCUUGUUCACUGUCGUGUAGCGAUUUUUGUUAUCUAUUGUAUUUUAUUCGUUUGCCGGGAAUUUCGACUGAGUACUUAUCUCAGCAAGGAUUUAGCUUCUUAGCGCUACAUAACUCAACUCCUGUUAGCUACUGUGAAGUGCGUGUGACACAGAAAGAAAAGCCCUUACAUGGCAAGGACUUUCUGAGAGAAGAAGGAUCAAAACCUGAACUUUACACCGAAGAACACGAAAAAUUGCUGGGAAGCUCUGAAAAAAGUUGGACUCUUUUUGUCGAUGGAUAUGGGAAAGAUGGAAAGCGAAUUUAUGAUCCGGUUAAGGGGAAAACGUGCCAUCAAUGCAGGCAAAAAACUCUAGGUUUUCGUACGCACUGCAGCAAAUGCAGCAUGGUUCAAGGGCAGUUCUGUGGCGAUUGCUUAUACAUGAGAUAUGGGGAGAAUGUGCUCGAAGCCAAUGAAAAUCCAAACUGGAUUUGCCCAGUUUGCCGUGGGAUUUGCAACUGCAGUUUGUGCCGGCAGGCAAAAGGGUGGGCCCCAACUGGGAUUCUUUACCGAAAGAUUUCAAGUCUUGGCUACAAAUCCGUGGCGCAUUAUCUCAUCCAAACGCGUCAUUCGGACACCGUUUCAGACAAAAAUGCAGUCGUCACAUCAGCAAAGAGGUCUCUGCCCUUUUCAGACGUUGAGGAAACUAAAGUCGAAAGUGCCCUUAACACAAUGGCUGAUUUUUUGGUCACUCGUGAGCCAGAGGAGAAUGGCGGCACAGAGAUGAAAAUUACGGAAGAGCCCUUGAAUGAUCAUCAGCCUUUGCUAACCGAGCCCAAUGAAUGCCUUAAAGAUACAAUACCUCCUAAAUCUCUUGAGAAGAAAGGCAAGGAUAGUGAAAUCGGGUAUGAUCUUUCUGAACGCGAAAAAAGUGCAAAAAGUGGAGAUAAAUCGUAUAAGCUUGCUGAUGUGGACAGUAUUGCCAGUCGACUGAAAAUGCGAAGAAGGGCUUAAAAGAUUAAGGGAUGAUAUACUUUUUGAUCAACCUCUCUAUAAAUGCUGCACGAAUCCUUCUGUAAGGUAAAAAGGUAAUAUUUUUGGGAACCCAUUCGAAAAAAAAAGAAAAUACUAUUCGUGCUUAGAAGGUUAUUUUGACAUGUGACGUUUAGAAUGCGCGGUUUUUAGACUUUCUCGAGAAAGUCCGUAUUUGAAAGGCCUAAUUCAGACAAUUCCAAAAGUGCAGUUGCACAUGAACAUCUUUUAGUCCCAGGAUUAGUUGCUGUAUUUGCACAUGUAAUGUUUUAGCAUGUUUGUUGAUGAUAUAUUGUCUGCUUUGUCCGUUUCAUAAUAGACUGG